AUGUAUCAAAAAAUCCCAAUUACUUUGUUUAGGGUAAGCAAGAUUGGUAUAAAAAAAUACGCAACCAAUAAAGUCUAAACAAGUAAAUACACAUGGUUUAAUUUUGUUCCAAAAAAUAUAUUAGAACAAUUUACUAAGCAAGCAAACUUAUAUUUUUUAGUAAAAUAUAUUAUUAUAUCAAGAUUUUAGCAGUUUUAUAAGCAAUACCAAUUAUUUCAAUAUCGGAUGGUUAACCGACAAUAUUGCUACCAUUGAUUUUCAUUUUGAUUGUUACCAUGAUGAAGGAUUUAUAUGAAGACACAAAAAGAAAAAAAAGUGAUAGUUAGGAAAACGAGAAUACAUGCCUUUUAGAAUCAGGCUAAAUUUUAUAAUGGCAGGAGAUCCGUGUAGGUGAAGUUCUGAAAGUAAAAAUCUGAUCUAACAAGAUAAGAGAAAAUGAAUAGUUUCCGUGUGAUGUCUUGCUUCUAAAGAGUGUUCAAAAAACAGGGGAAUGUUAUAUUGAGACAAAAAAUUUAGAUGGUGAAACAAACCUGAAAUAAAAAAAAGUUCCAUAAAUCCUUUUAUAAUAAGGAGCUGAAAUUUUUAAUCACAUAGUAGUCUAAUACGAUAUGCCUAACAAUUAGCUAUAUAAAUUUUCAGGCUCCUGUUAUUUUAACUUGGAUAAAAUUUAAGAAAAUGAUAUUUUUUCGCUAUUGAACCAAAAGGAGAAUUUGAAUGAUUAAUUAACAACUCUGCAAUCUUAGAGGAAUAAGGAUUAAUAAAUAAAUCUUAUAAUAUCUUAAGUAAGAACUUUGGAAGAAGAAAUAGAAAGAAUUAGAAUUUAAAAAAUUGCAUUAGAUAAUAAUAAUAUCAUUUUAAGAGGAAGCAUUUUAAAAAAUACAAGUCACAUUAUUUGUUUGGCAUUAUAUACAGGGCACGAUACUAAAAUAAUGAAAAAUACAAUCAAAGUCAAAUAUAAAUAAAGUUCACUUGAAAAGUAACUGGGAAAAAGAAUCAUAUUUAUUUUUCUUCUUUAGUUAGGUAUUUGUCUUUUUUCUUCUCUAUAUUAUUCGAUUUGGUUUAAUGAAAAUUAUGAAACUUUGACUUAUUUAGAAAUAAAGAAAUCAACUUAUAUUGACAAUUCUUUUGCCUACAAUUUUUUUGUAAGAUUAGGAAAUUGGAUAUUAAUGUUUGGGUAUUUUUCGUGUUUAUAUAGAAAUCUUGUUCCAAUAUCUUUACUAGUAACUUUAGAAACAGUUAAAUUUUGUCAAGCAUUUUUGAUUUAAUUUGAUAAGAAGAUGAGUUUAAAUGAAUAAAGAUGUUCGGUUUAAUCCUCAAACUUAAACGAAGAAUUAGGACAGAUUAGAUAUGUUCUCAGUGAUAAAACUGGAACCUUGACAAAAAAUUAGAUGAUAUUUAAGAAAAUAUGUAUAGAUGGGACUUCCUAUGGUAAUGAUUAUCAAAAUAUUUCACCCAUUGAUUUUGUAUAAUUUGAUGAUUAAACUUUUAUAGAUAAAUUAAAUUAAAAUAAUCCUAUUAUAGAGAAAACAUUAUUAUUAAUAACUUUAUGCCAUUCUGCAAUAAUUUAGAAAAUUCAAGAUGAAUUAUAUUAUAAUGUUACUUCUCCUGAUGAAUUAGCUUUAUUAAAUUUUGCUAAAAAAUUUUAAAUCACAUAUAAUGGGAUUGAUGAAAACAACAUAAUAACAAUAAAUUAUAGGGGGAAGCAAAAAUAGUUUUAAUUCCUAUAUUUAUUUGAAUUUACGAGUGAAAGAAAGUGCAGUUCAGUACUGGUAUGUGAGAAGGAAACAAAUAUAAUUUAUUUAUUCUCAAAAGGAGCAGAUUCUGUAAUGUUAUAGAAAUAACUUCACUAAAAUAUUGAAAAAUCUAAGAAUUAGUUCAACAAAUAUAUAUCGGAAUACUCUGAAAGAGGACUAAGAAUUCUACUUUUAGGGUAUAAAGAAAUACAUUGGAGUGAAUAUGCUUAAUGGGAAUCUUUAUAUAAAUAAGUAAUUACUCAGAUGGAAGACANAUAAACACAUUGAAAAAAGAGAGAAUCUAAAACUGCAUUGAAUUUUUCUACUAAGAUCAAAACAAAUUCCUUUUAGAAAUAGAAAGUUAAAAGGUAGAAAGCUAAUCUCUGCUUGAGAAAUAAUAGACUAUUAAUGGAGAGAAGAACAUUAAGAUAAUAACAGAUGUCCUCAAAAAAGUUAGGGAUCAUGACUUUAAUACACAGAAUUACUCUAUGGAUGAUUAUAAAGAAUUUAAAAAGGAUCUAAUCACAAAAAUAUCAUUGAAUAAAAAGAUAAUAGAAUUCCUAAAUUUUUUAGUUCAACUGACUGCUUUAGAUGAGAAAUAUAUUUAGUGUGGAUCAAAUUCUCUUCAUUUGCUUUUAUUAAUGAAAGUGGAUUUGAGGGAAUAAAGUUUUGAGAAUAUCAGGAUAAGAAAUACCUCUUUAGUUGGUGGAAAUUUUGUAAGAUGCAUAUUCAAUGGAUCAGAAUUUGACAAUGUAAAUAUUAGUGGAAUGAACUUGAAUCAUGCUUUAUUGUUUAAUUGUAAAUGGAAAAAUAUCAAAAUCAACGAGUUAAAUACAUUAUAUGGUCAUCAUGGAAGUGUCAAUUAGGUGUGCUAUUCUCCAGACGGUAAUUUAUUAAUGUCUUGUAGUGAUGAUAAUUCGAUUCUAAUAUGGGAUGUUAAAACAGGAAAAAUUAAGUCAAGAAUCAAGGUAAAGGAAGAAGUAAAAUCAGUAUGCUUCUCACAUAAUACUAGUACAUUAGCUUUCAGCAGUGGAAAAAUUGUAUAUUUAUGGAAUCUUAAAACAGGAUAAUAAAAAGCCAAAUUAGAUGGUCAUUCAUCAUGGGUUAAUUCAAUUUGUUACUCUCCUGAUGGUACUACAUUAGCUUCUGGUAGUAGGGAUAACUCUAUCCGUUUAUGGGAUGUUAAGACAGGAUAAUAAAAAGCCAAAUUAGAUGGUCAUUCAUAUACAGUUAAUUCAAUUUGUUACUCUCCUGAUGGUACUACAUUAGCAUCUGGUAGUUGGGAUAACUCUAUCCGUUUAUGGGAUGUUAAGACAGGAUAAUAAAAAGCCAAAUUAGAUGGUCAUUCACAUUGGGUUAAUUCAAUUUGUUACUCUCCUGAUGGUACUACAUUAGCUUCUGGUAGUAGGGAUAACUCUAUCCGUUUAUGGGAUGUUAAGACAGGAUAAUUAAAAGCCAAAUUGGAUGGUCAUUCAAAUUUUGUUUUGUCAAUUUGUUACUCUCCUGAUGGAAAUACAUUAGCUUCUGGUAGUGGUGAUAACUCUAUUUGCUUAUGGGAUGUAAAAACAUCAAAGGAAAUACUUCAAUCAGAUAGUAGCCAUUAAAAUUUGCUUGCCUAAUUUAUGAUACCUCUUUAGAAUAGCUCCUAAUUGCCAAAUGGUAUGCAAUAUUUAUUAUUAUUUAGUUAAUCCUUAUUGUACAAUACUUAGAAUAUGCUAGAAUCCUUUAUUCCAAGCAUCAGGAACACUUAUCUUAUAAGGACAAUUCAUGAAUUAUUAAGGGAUAGAUUUAAAACCAUUGUUUAAAUCCAAAGGAAGUUGCUUUUUAGAAGACUUAAAAAAAAAGCACAAGUGA